UCAACAACAAAUUAUAUAAAAUAACACUGUUACAAAAAAAGUAAAUCAUAUGCAAUUUACAAUUCUUAAUUAUUUAUAAUACGACUCAAGUAAUUUAAAAUUAAAAAAAAAUUAAAUUCAAUAAUUGUAACUUGAAAAUAUCAUAAACAGAAACAAUGAAGUGCAACAUUUUUUUCAUUUUUUCAAUCCUUACAUUUGCAAAAAUUGUAUCAACUUUAAAAGCAUUACAAUUGCCACAAAAAAGAGCAGCAAAGUCUAGUUUAAUGGUUUGUUUGAAUGAACACAAAUUAGCAUCUAUAGUUACAGGAGAUACUGGAAAAUUCAAAUAUUCAUUUAAUGAAAUGUUAAACAGUUACAAAGUGCAUAUAUUUACCAAUUCCAUGACUCCGGAUCAAGUCACAAGCAAUAUUGGUGAUUAUAUUUGUAAUAAAUUUAAUAAUAAAAAUCAAUGCAUGAAAAAAGUAAAAAUAUGUUCAAAUAUAUUUUUAUCGCUUUUAUCAGAAGAAAGCCAACCAUCACUUAUUUCAAAACUACAAAAAAAAAUGGACUGGUUUGAAUCAGAAUCUCUACACAAUAAAGAAAAUUAUACCCCUAACAUAAUUUCAACGUCUCAUAAUAAAAAACCGAUAGAAAGUGAACCGAAAUUAGUAAAUUUAUCACAUAACAAAUCCAAUACGCGUACUAGAUCAUUUUCAAUGAACCCAAAACUAUCUGAAAACGUUGAACAACCAAGGAAUUUUAAAGAAAACAAACAAAUUUUAGAUAAUAGAGAUUUAUCACAUAAUAAAGUACCGAAUACUGUUCUCACUGCGCCAACAUCUGGUUUAAAAUUAAGCAAACCUAUUGUAAAUCAAGUAAAACCACAAAACUUUACAGCAAAUAAACCAUAUUUACUAAAUGAAGACUUAUCGCGUAAUAAAGAACAAAGAAAACCAAGUAUAUCGGAAAAAUUUAUUCCCACAAAGGUUAAAAUAUCAGAAAACGUUGAACCAAAAUACAUNUUUAUUCCCACAAACGUUAAACUAUCAGAAAACGUAGAACAACCAAAAUACUUUAAGCCAAAUAAACAAAUUUUAACAAAUAAUGGUCCGGUGAUUUCUGCAUUUGUACCACCAUCUGAUCUAAAAUUUAAAAAACCAGACGUCAAUCAAGAAAAAUCACGGAAUUUUAUACCAAGUAAACCAUUUUUAGAAAACGUAGGUGUAUCACGUGAAAAUUUUCAAUCUAAGCACACUACAUCGGAAAAAUCAGUUGCAACAGAGUUCAGCUUCUCUAACGAUGUGUACCCAUCUCAAUACUUUACACCUAGUAGAUCAUUUUUUCAAGACAUAGAUUUUCCGAGUAAUCAAGUAUCAUAUAAACCUUUAGAAUCAGAUAAGUCAUUUACAACUAACUUUAAGGUAUCUGAUGACAAAAAACCGCUACGAUACUUUUCUACAAACAAAAAGUAUGGAACAAAUGUAAAUUUAGCAACGACUUUAGAUUUAUCAUUUAUUAAUGGACAAUCUGAGCCUAUAACACCAAAUGUUGAUCCAACCGAUAUGUUGUUACCAUCACGAUAUGAAGAACCAAAAAGAUCAUUAUUAGCGGAUAUAGAUUUAUCACAUUUUGAAGCGCCUGUGAUAAAAUCCAACAAACCAACAACAACGAUUGAACGAUCGCCUAUAUUUGAUUACCUUUCUUAA